CUUCUUCUGGGAGGAACUGGCAGAAGGAGCUGGACGGGAGCGUGAGGAAGGGCAGCUGCCACGCUUUGUGCUCCCUGGGGACACCCCGGGCUCCCAAGGGGCCAGAACGGGCUUUGCUUCCUAACUCACCCCAUUCUCGUCAAGAUUCCUGCUCUGACUUCACAUGCACAUAAGGGUAUUAUCGGAUGAGCUUAGUUUCCCAUCCUGCAAAGUUGACACUGGCUUUCCUGGAACAGAUGAACAGGAAUCUUUUCCAGAGCUGAACAGAGACACCUUGUGAGCGCCGGCAUUCGGCUUUUCUGGAUUGCUCCCACCAGCAUACGAUGAUACUGUAGAUUUUUGUGCAGAACCGUCGGGAAGUUACUGUCAGGGAGAGUACUCGUUCCUGCUUCUGGACAAAUACAUUGUAAUGAUUUUCUUGCAUAAUGCCCACUUGAUCUGGAGUUUCCCUUGGCAGGCUGUGCUGUUGCUAUGUGUGAUGCUGUAUAUGGGACUGAGCGAGGAGCCGUGUGUCCGGGGGCAGUGGAGCUGGAGAGGGAGCUGGGUACCUGUCCUUGCAUGAUCAGUGAGCUUUUGGAGACGGGGACUGUGCUUCGGGUUUGCAUUUGUGUAGUCCCUGAGCGGGAGCCCAGAGCCACCAUAAUGGUCAUGAACAGCCCUGUGUGCGUGUGUGAGUGAACACCGCAUUCCCGGGCAGCACAGCCCUGCCCGCUAGCCCCCGCCGCCACCAGCACCCGAGGAAAGCCCGGCCUCGCCUGGCACGGCCGCCGGGACCCCCCGGCCCCGGUUCGGGUCCGCUCGGCCCGUUCGGCUCCGUUCGGCUCCACUCGGCUCCGCCUGAGGCCAGGGCCGGGUGCCGUGCGCAGCGGGGCCGGGGCAGCGCCGGGGCCUCUCAGCCGGGCUGAGGGGGCGGCGGCAUCUCCCCUGUCGGCGGGCCGGGGCGCUUGGCCGGCGUUUGCGGCGGGUCCCGGCCCUCCCUCAGCAGGCCCGGGCAGCUCCGGCCGCUGGGGCCGGCCCUGGGGCUGCCUCCCGCUGGUGGUUGUCUGGCGGGGGCCGGGGGACGCCGGGGAGACGGGCGGGUGCGGAGGGAAACGGGUUUUUGCCGGACCCACCGCAGCCGGGGUUGUCCCCACGGCCUGGGCUCCGUCACGGGCCGCGACACAGCCCCGCGCGGCUUCCGCGGCAGCCCCUGCGGCAAGGGCCCGUAAAGCUCCAGGGACGGUGGUGGUGACAUUUCCAGAGCAGCGGCUGAAGGCGGAGCGGCUCCGGGUCCUCUCUGAGCCUGCUCCAAAAUACCGGCUGCGUUGGAACAGGCGCUUCCAUCAGCCAUUUUCUGACUGUAGGAGGCACUGGCUGACAUUCAGGGAGAAAGCAAGAUGUCAUUGAAACCAUUUACCUAUCCAUUGCCUGAAACAAGGUUUCUUCAUGCAGGCAGGCUUGUGUACAAAUUUAAAAUCCAGUAUGGCAACUUCAGCAGCGUUCCUGAUCUGGACAACACUGAAAGGGCUGUCAAAGAGUUAGAGGAAGCGGUUCGAGUAAUCCUUGGAAAUCUUGAUGAUUUACAUCCAUUUUCUACAGACCACUUCACUAUCUUUCCUUAUUUGAGUAAAUGGGAGAGAGUAUCAAAGAUGAGAUUCAAACAUGAGAAUGUCCAUCUCGUGCCUUAUCCCUACAUUUGCACUAUGUAUCUAGAACUCAACUCGUUUCAGCAAAACAUGUCAUGUGGUAAAGACAUAAACAAGGCCAGUUAUGAGCGUGUCAAGAAAAGAAAUGAAAUGUCAGAAAGUCAUGCAUUGAAAGAGACCAUGAAGAGGAAAAGAGUGGAAGUCAGCGCAGAGAGCUCAUGCCCACAGUCGGGUCCGAACAGAACUGGAGCUGAGUGUGUUCACCGUAAGAGUAAAGCAAAGCAUGGAUUUGAAAUGAAUUCUUUCAAAGAAAAUGGGUGUGAGUUCAGUCCAGCAUCCCUUACCACGGGCUGUAACCAAGUUAGUUCCUGGAGACCUGUGGAAUCGACCCUUGAACAAAGAGCAGCAACCGGUCAGGCUGAGGGUACAAUGCAGCUGCUGCAGCAAGUGGACCAAAUGACAAACAAAGGAAACAUGGAAUCAGAAGGAAGAAGUCUCUCAAAAUUCUGGAGAAGCAUAAUCUUUUCACCACUGCAGCAUCUUUUUGGUGGGAAGAACUGACCUGCAAGUACUAAUUGUUGUGGAAAGGUAAACUUGUAAUGUGAAUGUUGUGUUGUUUUGUUUCUCUUGUAAUUCAGCUUUUUUCACACUGCUUGUCUCAGCUAUUAAAUGCUUUAAAUGAAGUUCUAUUUUGUUCACAUUUUCAAAGUAAUGUUCUUAAGAUGUUGGAUUAUAGUGUCUUUUCCUUCACAAUCUAGAGUUUCUGGAAAAAGCAACAAGCUUUAAGAUUUUGAUCCUAAGUGUCAUAAAGAGUGUAUUUUCCAUUUAAAAAUCUUUAGAUGAGAUUCUAAUA